AUUACACUAAUUUUCAUUUUGUUUUGAGAUUUUCAUUCUUUGGAUCAUCAAAAAUGACAAAAUCAAUUGCUCUGUAUAUCUUCAUAGUCAUCCUUGUUUUAGGAAUGGUGACAAAAGAAACACAAGGAGAAUUGUGUCGUGAAAAUAUGAUAACAAAAGAUGAAGACUGUGAAUCCAUGGCGUGUGCAGCUGACUGUUCUUCAAAGUGGAAGGGAAUAGGCGAGUGUGUGAGUACAACAAGCACGACCUGCAUCUGCACUUAUAAUUGUUAAAAUUGAAUUGCAAUCCAUGGACUAUCAUCAAGUACUAAAAUACAAUAAUAGAAAAAAUGAAAUAAAUAAAAAGAAAAUUACUCACAAUGACAUUUAUUUAUCAUUUAAUUACUACACUAGCAUCCC